AUGGGUACCAGUAAAAGCAAGAGGAGGAAGAAGCAGCAGCAGCAGCGCCAACAGCAGCAGCUGCAGCAACAGCAACAGCAACAGACACCACCACAGGAUGUGGCAACACCGUCGGCAACCAAUACACCACUGGUGCCACCACCACCACCACCGGCAACACCACCAGGUAGCACUGAACCACCAUCCACUCCUGUCAAGUCACCAGUGGAUCCACCCUCAGUCCACCGGCUACCUGUGGUUCCCCCACCAUCUUACCAACUCAGUGGAUCAUCUGUUACAUCCUCCAACCUUGCCAAGCAUGAUACCACCAUGAUUAGCCAACAGCUAGCACAACUGGUGGAGGCAUUGCACCAACAGAAGGAGGAGACCAUGGAGCGCCAGGCUGCUUUUGAGGCCAGGCUAUCCCAACAACAACAGGACAUCAACCAGUCUAGUGUCUCCAUCCAUGGCUUGGUCCACACCUUGAUGGACCAAACCAACAAGCAACUUGGCCUCAUGGGUAUUGGAGGGAUCAGUCCUAUUCCUUCCAAUGCAUCCUCUUCAUUGGAUCACCAUCCUAAUGGUUUACUGCCCAUGCGACAAGGUGUGGAAGGGACCACUGGUUCUAUAGCACAGUCUCAAGGCAGUUCAGAACCAAUUGGUUUGGGUUCAGGAUUGAUGAGUGAUGUUGAGGACCAUCUUGGUCCAUCCCCUCAGCCCCAAGUGGAUAUAGAUGUUGCCAUCCCACCUUGUGGAGAUGAAGUCAUUGACCAUUUGAGGGCCCUCAAGGAGGAGGAUAAGACUACAAAGACUACUUCAACCCAACCAACACCAACACAUGGCAGCAGUAUACCUUCAACAUUCUCCCUGCCUUACACCCCUGUACCACCGGUGUCAUCCAACCACGCCCCAACUCACCCUGUUCAACCUGUUAGCAGCACAGCCAUCUUCCAAUACCCCAAACGGUACCACAGAUCUGGAGACGACAACCGGUUCUACAGACAGCCAGAUCUCAUCUUUCCAGAGGCAUUGCCCCACAGGCAGGAAACACACUACUCAGGAAGAUGGAUCAUCAACCCUGACAUGCGGAAGGUAUGGGUCCGCUAUGAUAGGGCAUUGAGUGCUGAUGAACUCCCUGUCAAUGUGCCAACCAACCCUGCACAUUGGGUCAACAGAAGGUAUCCUGACGGUUUAUUCUUCACUGACCAAGGGGAGUGGAUCAUCUCUGAUGUAAGGGAUAGGUUCUUCAACCAUGAUCAGCCACCCACCCACACACCAGUCACCACAGGCCUCACUCCCACCACAGCCUACACCUCACCUGGAUACCAGACCGUGCCCAUGGAGGAGCCAUCCAAGCAGGUAGACAGUGAUAUCGUAAGGCCCAGGUCCAAACCAUCUCUCUUCUCCAAUCUAGAAGGGACAUCUCCCAUGGACAAGGUAACUCAAGGCAGGAUUCCCGACAGAUUUGGCGAUCCUGGAGACCCUGGUGGCUCCGGGUACCAUGGUGGUGGUGGCAACCACAGAGGCUUUAGCAGAAAGGGCAGGUAUGGUGGUUCCACAGGAGGAGGACCCCCUGGAGACCCUUGGGAUCCCGAUGGCGGUGGUGACCCUCCAGCUGGCCCUGGGGGAGGUGGAGGAGGAGACGGUCCCAGACGCAAGUUGUUCCAUGCUAAACCAGAUGCCAAUGCGUACCCCACCCUCAAGUCCAACAAGGACUUCGACCAAUGGUACAGCGUGUUUAUAACAACGGCUAGGGCACAGGGAUUCUAUGCUCUCUUUGACUCCAAUUAUGUGCCAUUGGAUCAGGAGUCCGCUUCUGAGCUCCGUAGGAUGAACGAAUGGUUCUAUGCGGUUCUGCAGAAAAUCAUCAAGACAACCAAGGGCAAGGUGAUAGUCAAGGAACAUUUUCAUGAUUGUGACUGCUUUCAUAUCCUACAUGCAUUGAUCCAGGAUGCCCACACCUCUGUGGAGGGUACACUGGAGUCUGUGGAGACCCUCAACUGGCUCACCAGGGUUAAGUACUCCACAACCAAGGGUUCUGCAGUGGAAUUCAUCAUCCACUAUGAUGAGGUUCUCACGCGGUACAAUGACUCCAAGACCAACGCGCAGGAUAAACUCAGUGAUAGUAUCCAGAAACUGUUCCUGCAGCAGGCUUUCAUCGACAUCAAGGUCCUCAAUGACAUCAGCGCCAGAGAACAGGAGAACAUGUGCAGUAACGGUGCCCACAUGUCCUAUUCAUAUGAGAAAUACAAGGAGGUCCUGACCAACGCUGCUACCAGAUUUGAUGUCAACCACAAGCUUCUACCCCCUGGUAGAUCUCGCAGAGCCAACAUGACUAUGAUCGAAGAGUCUGAGGGUGAAGUCGAGCAACCUGAUGGCAUGGAUAGCCCAACAGAUGACCCCACUCAUCUCCAAGCGUUUGCGGCCAUGAGGGACCCCUCUGUCCGGCUCCCAGACCAACAUUGGACCCAACUUUCCAAUACGGGCAAGAAGAAUUGGCAUCAAUUUGAUGACCACGACAAGAAAGUACUGAUGGCAUCCCAGCCGCCAGCACCCGCCGGUCGCCAAGCCAACGUUGCCAACAGCACAAUGGAACCCCACAGUGAAGCUGACCUUGCAGUCGGGGACACACCAGGGCUAUCAUUGGACGUAAACCAGGCAGAUACGACACCUUCAGUUGGCAAACCUGCGGCUUCCCCAUCACAUUCGGCACCCCAGGCGAAGGCAAAUGACAAACACCCUGGGGAUGUCCGUCGAAUGAUGUCAAACAACACAGGCAAACGGCAGGGUUACACCGUCUCGUUCAGCCCUGAUACUGGUUCUGCCUCACCAUCUGCCUUUGCCAAGGCCACGGGUGAUGACAUCGACACCAAGUUACAGGCCUACUGGUCCUCUAGUCGGAUGCAUGUACGUCGGCCUGAACCUGAGCCGGAGCCGGAUUUUUGA